AUGUCUAAUAAAAUUGGAUCUAUUUUAUCUUCAUACCGAAGGAAUGGUCCUAAUUGUCAGAAUGAAGAUAAAUUUAUCAUCCGAAAGACUGAUUAUGUGCAUAUGGCAUGUGACACGUCUCGAAAAAAACCUGGACCAAAGCGUAAAUUGCAUUUACAAAGAAAUCUGAUAACUACGGAGACCCUUAUUCAAACUUUUGCUGAUGAUACAAAAAAAGAUUUAAUUAAAGAAUUGGCAUAUCUGUUUAAUAUUAUGGUAGAAAGUCCCACGUCAAUUCAAAGUGAAGAAGGGGCUGCAUCGCCCAAAUAUGUCUAUAAUACAUUUUAUAAUAUGCCUACUGGAAAUUUUGAGAUUGAUUCAUUAGGCUCACGAAAUAUUCAUUCAUCAAUCAAAGAAGUUGUUGAUAAUGUCAUAAAUAAGAAUAUUACUAAGAUACCAGCUGCUUAA